AUGCCAAAGAAAUCACACAGUGAUUUAAAGACCCGCUCUGGGCCAGGAUCUCCACUCUCUCUGGGACAGAACGAACCGUUUCAUGGCAUUCCGCCGCCAGCUUCGCAAAAGGAGUGGACAGAUUCCCGAGUUCCUCUGAAAGAGUCUACUGAACGUCAAGAGCCUCAGGCUUCUCUCAAGGAGUCAACUCCUCGUGCACCCAACUCCUAUCCCAAUCCUCCUCUACCGCCAGCAACAACUCAUGGACAUCCGUCAUCUAUCCCAGCGACUGCAGGAUAUCACCAGGCACCUCCUCCCCCAUCGGCAGUCCCCUACUCUGCACCACCUCCUCCAGGCCCUUCUUAUGUCAACAGCACUUCUUACCAACCUCCACACGUUUCAAACCACAAUCCCUAUCCUUAUGCCUACCCGCCUGCUCCAGUGACGACAACAGCUGCACCACCUCCAGCCCCCAUACACCCGGCCACAACAGCCGCCAGCACCCCAGCCGGCUACGCCUAUAGCGAUGGCGCGCCAUUGACCCUCGCGCCGCCCAUCCCAAUUCCUGAGGACCAUGUUUCACAACCUUCAUUAUCCUUAAAGCCCGCCCAAGCAGUCAGCUUCCAUUCCCCGACCGCCACAGCACUCGCGACAUCUUAUGCUCCUUUUCUCCCGCUCUCCGAGCAAGUGAGCACUGCAAAAUCGGCGCUGCGUGAGCUCAAGGCGCUGCAGCGGCAGCGGGAGCUGGUCUAUUCCGUACACUGGCAUCCUCCGUACGGGGUGAAUGGGAACAGCGGCAGCUGGACUGCGCCGCAGCAGGUCAAGGAGGUUGAUGAAAGGUACCGGAUGCAAAGAGCCAUUGUCCUGCGGGAGCUGGAUACGCUUAGGAGGAGUGUGUCCGCGAUUGUGGCCGAGUGUGAAGGGCAGAGGUGGAGAAGAUUUAUCGUGGGUGGUGUUUUCGCAUCCAUUGUUCCUAUCGUCAAAGCCCUCUUUCGUCGCCCAGACGACGAGGAAGAAUCAUCUAACAGCACCGAGUACGCUUUCCGCAAGAGCAAGAGCCUUGUCUCCAGGAUCUUGGCUUCUGCAAGUCGUCCAGGUCUGGGCACCAUUACCUUCUUCGUCUUUGUCGUUCUCUACGUCUUUUCCAACGAGGUCACUCUGCGCGCUGCCCGGAAGCUUUCAAAACGACUCAGACGGCUUAACGCCAGGGUCGAAGAUGGGCGCGAUCUCCUCACCGAAGAUGAUGUGAAGGUUCUGAAAGGCUGGAGGUGGAGAGUUUUAGAAUGGAGCGAAUGA